AUGAGGGCCCUCCGGACAUUUCGCGCCGUGGCCCUGGAUUUGGAUGGCACCACGCUGAACAGCAGCCAUGCCUUGACACCGCGGACGCUGGCGGCCCUACGGAAGGUGGAGGCCACAGGAGUACAGGUGAUCCUGGCAACAGGCCGGCCUCUCAUCUCUGUGCAGGCCUACGUGGAGCAACUGGGCCUGCCUCGGCCAGUGCCAGCAGUGUGCUUCAACGGGGCCUGCGCAGCUCUGGUGGACGGCGCAGGGGAGAAGAUCUUGCUGUCCCGAGGCCUUAGCCGGUCAGCUGCAGAAAGCAUUCUGCAGAUCUGCGAUGACCGUGGCUGGUGCGCCAGCUACUGCCAGUCUCAUGGCUCCGCCGCAGCACCGAAGACCGAGGCGGAUGAUGGGUGGCUGAAGAAGUUUGAGGCCCUGGAAGGCAUGCAGCAGGCGCGGGUCGCAAGCCUUUGGGAAAUGCUGGACGAGCCGCCGCUGAAGGUCACGGCUCUGGCAGCAGACCCCCGGGGCCAAGCAGCUGAGGCGAGAAAGUUGCUGCCGCCUGGCGCUGCAAAUGUGGUGGCGGCGGAGAUGCACAUCGAGUUCCUGCCCGCAGAUGUGAACAAAGGUGACACACUGCAGCGACUCUGCAGCGAGCUAGGCAUGAAAGUCGACGAAGUGAUUGCAUUUGGCGACAACUUCAACGACAUGGAGAUGCUCUCGCUGGCUGGUGAGGGCGUCGCCAUGCAGAACGCCAAGGAGGAGUUGAAACAAGUGGCAAAUCGAGUGAGCCCUUGGACCAACGACCAGGAUGCGGUGGCUAGGGAGCUCGAGCUACUCCUUGAGCCCGAGUGA